ACAAGAAGAGAAAUGUCGUACUCAAGAAAUGAUGGAAGGAACAGUUCUUUACAGAGAGAGAGGGAAAGAGAAAAAAAGCGAAGAGAGCAACAGUUUAUGAAGCAAGAGCAAGGGAGCGAAGAUCCAGUUUUUUCAGAACCAAAAAAAAUUAAUACUUCCAGACAAGAUUCACUAACAAGAAACAUACACAACACACUCGGUGAUUCUCGGACUAUAUCUGGAAUACUUCUGAAAAAUCAAAAUUUUUAUCUGGGGACAUCACGCUCCGAGCAAGGCCCCCCAACACCUGCGCCACAGAAUGAAGCUCCUGUUUUCACCAGCUCCAAUCUAAGCAAAGAUUCUUCCAAUCGUGGCUCUGUUUCUCGUAAUCCAACUUCCAAAGAACAAUUGUCCUCAAGUUCGACCGCUAAUAGUACAUUGAAAUCAAGGGAGGAGACAAUAAAUAGAUCACAAAAACACUCCCAUCACAAAAAUCGUCGAAGCCAAGGUGGGCACCCAUCAUCUUCUUCUUAUAAAUCAAAGACUGGUGGUAACGAGCACAACUUAUCAACUGGAUCAGGUACUUAUAAAGUGCCAUCGUACAGCAGCAGUCAUACACCAAUCAACAGUCGUAACGCAACAAUGUUGGACGGCAGUGAAAAACCUAAUUUGAUUUCGGAAAGAGACAGAGUGUCAAGUGUUGAUAGUGAUUUUUGUGGCGUCGAAACCAUUUUUAAGGAAAUGAUGGUUGAUUGCCCGCCUACUCUGACAGAAAUCAAGACACCAAGCAUGCUGGAGAAAGGAUUCAAUUUUGUUGGCACGAAAAGAAAACUUUCUGGAAUUGAAAGUUCCACAGAAGCUGCCAAUGCUGGUGUUAUGGACGACAAAAUAGCCAGUGAUGUUGAAAGUAGUGGUGAAGAUAGUUCUGAUGAAGAUGAUGACAGUUUUAGUUGGAAUCUUGAUAAUUUAAAGCCACAAACUCAACCUUCCAAUCCUUUACUAUCUUCCAAUUCAAAUAUUGCUGAGACAAAUACAAAGAUGCAUAACAAUGAUGGCGGGAAAGCGCAACUGACUGCAAAAUCUAUCAGAAGUGAAGGUGGCCCUCCUUUACCAAAAGAUACUGGUCAGCAAAAUCGUGGCCAAUCUCGCGGAAGAAAGCUUGAUAAAAAGCAAUCAUCUUCGUUGACCAGUAGCAAAAAUAGGUCGUCUCCAGCAUCAUCUCAGCACUCGGCUCUGUCAGGAGAUCGUACUGAUCAGAAUUCCGGAGAAAAUUUUUCAUCACUCGGGCCGUCACAUGAGGAUGAUUAUCUUUCAAAAACGAAAAAGCCAAAUUCCAAAAUAUCUGCACGGAAGGUUAAUGAUUUAGCCGCGUCCCAAAUCCACCUUCCACAUGUUGACGAGUUUAGAAAUAGUCAGAACAAAAUAUCUUCAAGUCGAAAUCAUUCAGAAGAAACAAAAACUACUUCCCGUGUUAGCAAGGAAACUAUUUCUUCGACCACAGAAACGAAUGCCAAGCGUUGGCCGAGUGUAGGGAGAAAAGGUCCUUCGACUGGACAUUCGACACCAGCUGUAACAAAUCCGCCAGGAAAAGCAGAAAGUCCCAACGGAUCCGAAUCCGACAGGAUUUCAAAUCAUGAAUCAGAUGAGGAUAUCAAUAUGAGUUCGGAUUCUAAUUCAGACUCUUCCUCCGAUUCAGGAUCCAACACUGAUGAAGAUCCAAGCGAUAUUGAAGGUGAGGAUAAACUUUCUGAUGACAAUGAACCACUUGAGAAUAAUGAAUGGAGUUUAAGCGACAUUAGGGCCAGCGCUGAACAAAAUCCGCAAACUGAAAUUCAAGAUAAAAUUGAAACAAACAAUCAAAGAAAUUCAGAUUCCGGUGUUAGCAAAACAUCAGUGGAAAAGCAGACGAUGUCUACUAACUAUGAAAAUAAGCCUGAUAGAUGGAAACUACAGAAUGAACAGCAUGCAAAUGUCAAAAAACAUGGUCGCAAGUCUUCAUCCAGCUCUUUGACACCAAGCGGAAACGCUCCGACUGAAAAUGAAGGUGUUAAUAAACCACCUUCGAGAAAACGAGAUAAUUCAACCGUCCAUUCAAGCACUGUGGAUAGAACCAACACAAAAGGUUCGAAAAAUGCAUGGAAAACUGCCGUCACUCAUCGGGAUGGCAAUCAUGAUGUCUGUGAGACUAAGCCGCCUUCACGAGAAGACUUUUUAUAUCCUGAAUUAUUGGUUCGGAUUCGCUCAACAUUGCUCGGCCUUUCUGGGGAAGAUACAACGAAUAAAAAAUUAAAGUUAUCAAAGAAUGCUUCCGCGUUGUCUAGAACCUCUAGUUCUGAAAGCACCAGCGUCCACGCUGUUCCACAAAAACGGACUUUUACCACUGUGUCUACUGGUAGUGAGACUGAACAACCAAUCCGAAAGGCAAAUUGUGUUCAGGUUGCUGUAGCCGAUAGCCAAGAUUUAGUCGAUAAUUGCAAUACAACGACUUACAAACGUAAACACGCCGUUCCUGAUCGUAAUUAUGAGGAAGAUGCAAGAAAAAGACAACGGAGGGACAAGGCGAAAUUAAAACAGACCAGCCCUCGUUCCGCUACAUUUUCUCAGAAUUCGAAGCACAAAGGAUCAACUAAUGUGGAUCAGUGGCAGGAUUCUGCAAGCGUGGAAUCUUCGCAUAGGGAAGAAUCGCAUAACGAUCGUACUACUUAUCCUUCCACCAAUCAUACACAACAUGUUGUGGGAACUCCAAGGCAAGAAAGUCCAACUUCAAAUGAUCCAUCUAAGCAGUCCACUGCUGCCAGUAGUGCCUCUUUUGUAUUGCCUGAUUCGAGUGUUCCCGGAGAGCAAGAAAGAAUUCAAACGUCUGAUUGGUACAUGAGAGAAGGGAAACGUAUGAAACAUGAAGGGGAUGGAAUGGUUGAUUCAAGGAAUGGAAGGACGAGAGCUGGAGAAGCAAUGAAUCGAGCACUCGCUUACUUCGAGGCUUCCUUGUUUUUCAUCAUAUGUGGUUCAGUUAUGGAAACAGAAAAUAGAGAAGAUCGUUUAGAAGUUAGCAGCAAUAGUUCAUGGAGUGCUUCCCAUUCUCCAAACAACAUGUACCAGCAAACUAUCCCCCUACUCGACUUUGUACUCAAAAUGCGUCCUCAUGUUGAGCAGGAUGAUCGUAUUUUCAAAAGAAUCAUGAUUUCAUGCUUACGAUGCCAAGCAGUUUUAUAUCUACGCAUUUUUAAAUUAAAAAAGGAUGUUGCAGUAAAAUAUUCUGAACUUUUGACUGACCAAUUCAAGUCGAUGAGCAAGUCUAAUCGUACGCCAUCUCCUUGGCAUCACACUAACUCUGCACCAAAUGUUGUGAGUCCAAUGUCUCCUGCUGUGCCUUCUCCAUUUGGUCACCAUGGUCCAUCUCCAGCCAGCACUAAUGUUGAACAGGUUUCUAGUUCGACACAGGCUGGUAAAAUGACUCCUCCAACACAUGCAGGAUAUAGUUUUCCACAGAAAAUGUUUGAUAUGUAUCGCCAGCACCAUACAAUCAUGUGUAAUUUACUGCAGGCCCAUGAAAAAUGGGACCAAGGUGAAAAUAUGCUCGAAGAACAUGUCGAUUUUUUCCGUAACAUCGAUACCUUGUGCAAUCGAACACUCACAUUUCACUCGAAUCUGAGGGACGUUUUUCUUUAUCACAAGAUGGUGCUUCAUCAACUACGUACUCUUACAGCUAACUCACCCAGAGAAUGAAUAAGAUGAAAUAUUCUUGAUUUAGCGACUUGGACUAGCUAGUUACAUACAUGCCUUAUUGUGAGACAGAGAUAGCCAUCUUUUUUUCUUUUUUCUGACUUAUUUCUUUAGUAAAUUACUUGUGAUGAUGUAAAAUUGGUUGAUAUUGAUAUUUUGAAAUAUUUAUGCCAAAAUACUGACUUUUUUGAAACUAUUUUUACAUGGUGUUUUAUUGAUUUCUCACGUCAGCAACGAGUAAAAUUCUAUUUUGGUUUCUCCUGCUUUUGAUAUGGUUGGCUCUAGGCCUGAACUGUGAUUUUGAUUGAAAGAGAUUUGAGAUUGGAAAGUUUCAAAAGUGGCCUGUUAGAUGGUUGAUUUUAUUUUCUGUAAGUUUUGGCUUGCCGUCCUAACUCUUGUUAUUAUCAAUAUAGUGUUUUCAUAGUUUUCCUUGUGUUGUGUUUUACGAUCAUUGAAAAUUGGUACUUUCUAUGCUAUUCAUCUCAUCGCUAAUAAUAAAGCAAUUGUGUAAAGUUGCCAGCCAUGCAUUUCGUAAUGUGAAACAGCGAGACAUUGUCAUUUUUCUUCCAUUAUUAGGCUUCAUAUUAUUUAUAUGGAAUUUUUUCUUUUGCUGCUUUUGCAUUUAUGUUACGUGUUUUACGCUACGUUUCUCUGUUUCUCUUGAAUUUUAUCACGAUAUCCAAUACCAAUAAUGUGCAUAACUUGGAACUGUGUCAUACUUGUUUUGUCAAAUGAUAGUUUUUCCUUUACUUAUUUACGUGCCACGGGCCUUAAUACUAUGUUCCAAAGCCCAUGUUUUAAUAUGCUUUUAUUAUUGUCAGAUGAUCUUUUGUUUUUGUAUUUCUUAUUUUUUUCCAACAGCAUUUAUUCAAAGUCUGCCCUCUUUUUAACAUUGAAAGAUUAUAUUCUAUUUAUUUAUCCAGCAUGAUUAGUUUUAUGAGAAGGGAUAUUUAUAUUACAAAUCAGUGAUGUGUCGGUCCUUAUUGUUUUUAAUAACAUGCCCCAAUCAGUAAAAGUAUGUGGAGUUUUCACAGUCGGAUAGCAGCCAUUGAAAUCUUUAACAGAAUAUUUGGUAACUAACUUUUAGGAUAUGCUUAUCCGUGGUACAUACAUGACUGUGUACAAUUCUACUGCUGUAUCUGAUUGUCUAUAUGCAAAGCAUGUUAGCUAUGUAAAUAUAUUGCUCACUAUAUUGAAAAGAAAUAGAUCUGACGCAUCACAUAAAAUAUUAUUUCUAUGAACUUUUAAAGGAGUGUGUAUAUAUAUAUAUAUAUAUAUGGACAGGUGAUUAACCACUCAAUUUAUAUCUGCUUCGAGUAUGCCAUCCAUAUUGCAUGCAGAUUAUCUCUGAGAUUUCUUCAAUACACUUUAGUGACUCCAAUAUAACAAGUUACAUCUUACAUAAUUCUUUUAUCUUUUCGUUUUUUCUUCUCUUCUUGGUGACACAUACUCACUUGGUAUUUAUCCAGUAUUUUUGAUGUAUUUCGUUCAUUAUAUAUGGUACUUGUUCGUUCUUUCAUCCUUCGUUUCACUGAUUUGCUUUUAUAAGCUUAGGUGCCGGCUCAUGCCAAUAGCAUAGCUAUUAGAUAUCGUUAUGGAUUUUGAUUUUAUUGUUAUGGGUAUGACUUUAAUAUUAUUUAGAUAUCUAACAUUAUUUUUCUGUUUUCAUCCAUGCUGUUAUGUUAAUAAUAGUUACAGCUUUUUUGUUUUAUUCCUCCGUUCGAACUGUACAUUUGCUUCGCUGAAAUUGCAAAAUACUAAGGUUUUACCCAGCGAGAAGUAGUUCUCACAUUCUAUGCUUCACUAUUCUACGUGGUCUGCGGAUAGACCAGGUGUCAAUAAUUUUUAUCCUCAACGGCAAAGUACAUAGAAUUUUAAUGCAGUCAAUUCACUAAAAAUUUUCCUUGUAAAAUUGAGCAUCUUACUAAAUAAUUGAUUCUGUGGCAGAAUUAUCAGCAAAGUGUUAUUGUAUUUUUCUCAUCCAUUCAUCCUUUUUUUUUUUCUCCUGAAAUGUGACAUGCAAGGCCACCAAAGAGCACUUUUGAUGAGCGGGCAUUGUGUACCUUGUCUCUAGCCAAUUUAAAAUGGGGUGCAAGUUUCAUUUCAAAGAUGUUGUUCAUGUUACUUUUCUUUGGGUGUGGAGCUUGCACUUUUGCACAACAAUGGACUACACAAUUUGUCAAGACGAAUAAAUGUGUCAGUGCGCACUGGAUACACAAGUUUUUAUCACUGAAGUUCUGAGAAAAAGCAAGGUUACAAGAUAGGGCAACUGCUUUUGGUGGAUCUUAUUGCUUUGCUAAUACAUUGCUUUAUAUGCAA